AGUCUGUGCCGUGCCUUCGACAUGUAUGGUUGGUUCUCAGAUAGCAGAAAUCUACGUCGGAAAUAAUUUUACUCAGCUCGUAUCACGUGCUUACCUGUACUAUUGGAUACGCGAAUUUUUCCUGCGUUGUCAAAAACACUUUCAACAAUAAUAUUUAGGUUUUCACAUAUUGAUUGAGUUCACUCCAGUUUUAUAAUUCAGUUUAAAAUCUAGUUUUAAUCCAGUUUUAUAAUUCUUUAAAUUCAGUCAACGUUUCGACGUGCACUCUUUUCAUGUGUUAGUACUGAAUACGCGAGUUAUUUUCCAUAGUGGAAAACUGUCUCAAUAAGUUUUCCAUUGUGAAGGAUUUCUAUGGUCUACAUCAACAAAAAUGUGAUAUUUAAACUGUUGUGGACAUGUGAAAUAGUUCACUGUUGGGAUUAAUUGGAAAUAAACUACUGGAAUCAUGGGCCUAUUGACUGUAACACGUGGCUCCCGCACCCGUUCGUUGGAGUGGACGGUGUUUAGAAUGCCGCAGUCAAUGAUGGAGGUGGAAAGCGAGCCGCAGCCCAAGAGUCAGGAACGCUCCAAGAAGAAGCAACGCAAAUGGACUUUUGGUGGACUUUUCCGGCGGAAGAAAACUAAGGACUCGACAUCGGAGAGCAGCGACUCUGACGAUGCUCACAACCACAAGAAGGGAGGGGGAUUCCUCGCGAGGAGGCAGAGGAGAAGAGCUGCAAAUAGAGGGAGUAAAGAUGUGACCGGGUCGUUCGAGCAUGUCGUGAUGAGACAAUCGGGUGGGAGUUCGGGGAAUUUGUCUGAGGGGAAACGUUCCUUGAAGGCGAGGGUGGAAGCGAGCAGGGAUAAGUUGCGGCGUGAGUCGAGCUCUGAAGAGGACUCACCUCGGUUACCAAGAUCUCACCGUUCCAGCAAACGGUUAUCCAAGGAUAUAACAGAUUGUGCGGCAAUAAAGGUGUUAGAUUUGGAAUCCAGUCCUCGUUCCCCUCGUUGGACGGCGAAGGUAGUGUACUGUGAGUCGAGCGACUACGAGGCCAGGUACACGGCACGCACCCGCUCUGCCACCCCCAGCCCAGCUCAGAGUCCGGUCACCAAGCGGGCAGCCACCUCCAGGGCGACCAACGCGCGACCACCCAAGCCUCAACCGCCUCCACCGACCGCCCGCAACUUCAUCGAUCAAAAAAGCGCCUCCUUCGACCUCCUCCCGCGCCCCAAACGGGUUCCCCCGCCUCCGCCCCCUCGUGAUCCGCAGCGGAAAAUCAUUCCCCCGCUAGCCUACACGGCCAGCUUCGAUCGUCCGCUAUCCUACGCUUUCGAAAACGACCAACCUCUCCCCAAACAACUCACCAUGGACCACAACUCCAACAUCACACCCUACAAAGUACACAGCAGUAGCUCCUUGGAGAACCGUCGACCCUACCACUACUACACAGAUCAACAACCCAGGAGUCGGCGUCCCAUCCAUAUCGCCAGAACUGAUCAACAGAACUCCUACCUCAGUGACUCACAGAUCGGUCGAGCUAGAAGCCAUUAUGGUUCCUCAGAUUGGAGGAUACCCAGGGGCUCCAAUAGCUCCCUGUAUGACAGCAGUGACUCAAGGGAGGGACCUGAGAUUCGUCAGCUGUCGAUGGUGUUGGAAACACAAGAGCAUGCUCAAAAUAGGUUACCACAAACUUACAACCACCAACCUAUUAGGAAUGUUUACAGCUAUGAAGAGAAACAUCACAACAGUCAUCAGAAUGGGGAGCUGAAUCAUGUACCUCAUCAAGAAUACCAGGUUAAUAAUCAACGACACUAUCAGGAUAAUAAUCAUGAUAGUUAUCAACGACCAUAUCAGGAUAAUAACCAACGACAAUAUCAAGAUAAUAACCAACAAAUGCAUGAUAGUAUGAGUCGAAAAUAUCAGGAUAAUAAUCUGGAAAAUAAUCAUCGACUCUACCAGGAUAAAAGUCAACAAACACAGAACAAACCAAACUCAGUGAAUCCUCACAGGAAAUCUAACAACCUUGAAGAUGCUUUGGAUGAAUUGGAGGCGAUCUACAAGAGUUUACAAAUGAACGAUGAGGAUCCCCCAAACUCACGUGGUUUCGAAUCCGAUUCAGGCUGCUACAGACACAUAGAUGACAUGGCCUACAGACGUCUCAACCGCAGAGAUAGCAACGGUUCCCCUGAUUGCCGAGUGAUAGCUUCCCAGGCGGGAAGUUACCUCCUUGUCUCUCCAGCUCUGUCUCCGCCGCCCUUUGCCAAUGCGCCACCGAUUGUACCCACACCAGACAAUGAACCCGAUGUCACCCUGGAUGAUGUUGUGUAUCGCUCACUGAGACAUGCCAACAAUACCCUGAAAAUCAGUGACCCUCAGCCUCCAUUUGGUAUUCCACUUGGCCCUGUCGCACCGGCAGCCAACAGUGACUACCUCCACGCCAGUCCAAAAGAACUGUAUCGAUCAUCAUUCAAACCCAGAAAAACACCCGAUGUUGUAAAAGACGACCUAGCCUACAGGAAUCUGAGGAAAGAUAAAAAUAGUGACUCAUUACUGAGCGCAGAAGAGAGUGCCAUCCCAAGUGAAACUACAAUGAAGAAAAAACGGGCUGCCCGAUCACUAUCAGCUAAUCUUUUGAGUAUCAUACAAAAAGAGAAUUCAGUUCUGGAAGAGAAGAGGAACAGCUACAACGAGCAAAGUAACAUGGAGAAGACUAGAAGCUUCUCAGAUCUACCCGACAUUUUGAAUUGUAGAUACAAAGUGAAUAGAUUUUAUGCGGAUGAUUCCGAUGUUACACCGCGGUCUUCAAGGCAGUUUCAAGAGUUACCCCUCAGCACCACAAGUACAGAAACGUUAACUGAUGUGACAUCCACAAAUGAUUAUUGUUCAAGUCGGGGAAGACCAGUGGCAUCACAUACCAACAAACCAUUACCAAAGACUGAUUCUACUACCAAAAACAGGUUACCAAGUCCAUCACGCAACAGGUCUUCUUCUUCCACUUCACCUCACAGGGCCUCCAUACCUUCUCCACAGAGAGUGUCAUCUCCUUCACCCAACAGAUCUUGUUACUCCGCUGAAGGCAAAAUAAAAUAUUCUAGUCCAACCUCGGUGAACUUGGAAAAAUACAUGCAGCGUUACAAUGACAGUGCACUGUAUCACAGUCAUUCAUCUCCGACAAAAAUCAAGGUUAAUGGUGUUGAGGAGAAAAGUUUUGAUAAAAUCAGUGCUGCAAAUCAGAAUGGAAGUAGAAUUGCCUCAAAUAAAGAUGAGCCUGUUUGUGUGAAACGUCCCAGUCCGGUUUCAUCACCUCAUCAUGAAUAUUACAGGAAACACACCUCAAAACAACAUGUGACCACUGGUGAACCACUACCAACCUCUGUAAUAUCAGUUAACACUAAUAAAUAUCUGAGAGACAGUCAGCAAACAAGGACAGAUGUACCAAACAAUAAUCAGGCUGCUCAUUCAAAGAGUGACGAACUACCAUAUCAGUCUAGUCCAUUAAUCUAUGUACGUAUGCCUGACAAAGAUAAAUCAACUCUCACAAGAGAUAACCCAGAUGUAACACCGCUCUCGCCAACUAAAUCCAAUGUACAUAAUAUUGUUGGUAAUUUCAACCGAUUGAUAACUGAUAAUUCUCCUUCAAAAAGUCAUCUUAAAACAGUGGGAGACAACCAGAUGAAUUCGAAGUUUGGAGCUUUGAUACAACCUGCAGAGAGAAGUUCUGAGAAUAAGUCGUACACCCAAGUCUAUCACAGCUCAUCUAAGGAACCACCAAAAGAUAAUUUGCAUAGUCUUCUGUUGAAACAGUUUGAGAACAGCUCUGAUAAGAACAAAUCUUCUUUGAUGAAUGGGAACAGUAGUAAUAGUAGCAGCAGUAAUGGAAUAUUGAAGAAUGUGAGAGAGCAAUCAAACUCAGUAUAUCCUUUAUCGCCUUCUAAAAAAAUGCUCCAAAUACACCAAAGAAAGAUAUAGAUGGGAAAAUAAACAAUCAAUUCCAUAUUGAAAAACAACCAAGGAGUAUAUUCUAUUCAACUCCUUCAGCCAAUGAGUCUUCAAUCAUUUCCAAGCAAGAAAUGAAACCCGCAAGCUUCUCGAAAAACCAAUCAGAUUCAAGCAAUCAAGGUAAUUUAUACUCAAGGACUUCACAAUUUGUACCGAUUUCAUCUCAUGUGUCUCAUUCUACAGGAAAUGUAACAAAUUUCAGAGCACAAGAACCUCAAAUUGGUCAAUACAAAUUCCAAGAUAAUUCAAAAAUGCAACUUGCUAAUGACUUCAAAAAUUCAAAAUCAUUACCUGAAAUUAGCAAUUCUGAUGAAAGUAAUGCUCACAAGCUAUCAUCAACUGAUAAUUUACCUGUUAGAAUUAAUGAGAAUAGUAGAUUUGAUCAAAAUAAAACUGAUGAUUCUUCAACUUUAGUAGAUAAUCAUUUUGUGAUGAGUGGUAAUAAUAGUCUGGAAGUGAAUAACUUGGAACUUGAACCCGAGAUUUCUUCUGAUGAAAAUGAGCUAGGAGUGUUGUCUGGGAAUAUUGCUAUCAAAGUUUUGUGUUCAAAUCCCAUAACUGAUAGCUCUAGCUCAAAUUCUCAAAUAACCAAUAACACUGAAGUACAAAACUCAACAGAGCAAUCCAAGAUUAAGCCACUGGUAGUAACACACAGUUCAGCAACUGAAAAUACGGUGAUUAGUUAUUCAAAUCCAGCAUUACCAAUGAAGGUUUCAUCCCAAAGUCAUAAUUCUGAAUCUACAAUCAGAGCUCAGUUACCAAUGCAAGCUAAUCAAAAUAUCAAAGAUUGUGAAGUGAAUAGUGAACAUUCAAAAAUUGAUGGAAACUCGAAUAAAAAAUCUAGUGAUGAUCAGAUGGAGAAGUUUUCAAAUUCAGAAGAGUUUCAAACAAGAAACGUAGGUAGUUCUUCACAUCCUUAUAGAGGUAGCAGCAACGAGGUUUCGGCGAAAUCAUUAGAACAAGCUCCACAAAAAACAUUAAUUAAUCACGGUGUUAUUUCAAGAGAAGAAGCUGAAGAAGAUGAAAUUUUAAGUAAUGAUUUGAAUAAGUUACUAUGUGAAAUCAAUUCGAAACAGGAGAAACUACUUAUUGAGUCUGAGAGAUCUGAAGACCCUCCUUCAUCAACUGAUAAGAAGGAUAGCGUGGCAAUUGGGAAGAUAAUCCAACACAAACCUGUGAAAUUGAACACGUUUCAUAUAGACCAAGAAUUCGUGGGUACAAAUGAAACUGAAAACGAUGGUGAUGUUGUGAGAAGUAGUGAGAGCAUGACUGACUUGCUCCAGGAACUGACUAGAAGUCUAGAUCAAGAUUUUGGUGGUGAGGAGGAAAAACGAGUUCAAGAAAAUAGUUCAGAUGAGGCACUGACUGAUUUCGAGAUCGCCAGUUCAGUUUCUCAAGACAUUCUACAGGGAGUUGGAGCAGAGACGAUAUCCGUCGUUUCAGACCUGUCUGAUUCCAGAGACUGUUCAGAGAUUUGUGAGAUACUUCAAGAUGUGGCGGGGAAAUUGGGCGAGGGAAGUCAGUGUUUUGAACGUUGUGAGCGAAGUAGAGACGAUGAGACAAACACCACUGAGGUUGAUCGUGUAGAUUACCCUUCAGACACCGAUUCGAACGCUGAGUUUGUGGAGCAGAUCCGGAAAACUGCGUCAGAACUGUCGGAUCUCCAGACCACAACCACCAACCAGUUACCAAUUGCUGCAGACAGAAUGCGCUCUGGUCGUGCCCAGGCUGAUCACGGCGAAGGUUAGCCUGUACCAGAGAAUAUAUCUACAUAAUGAUUGUAAAUAUAAGAUCAUUCCUAAGAAUAAGGAAAUUGAAAAAUUAAAUGCAUUAUCAGUGUACAAAGAAUAUUUUUAUAAUAAUUAUGUAAUUUAGAAUCAUAUGCUGCUAUUUAUUUGAGACCUUUAGAUUCUCCUGUAAAUAAUAAUUUUAUUGUUGAAUAAACACGUAUAUUUGAGUAAU